AUGGCAGAGCCACAGGAAGGUGUUCCAAAAACCUACAACGAUGUCAAUAAGCCGCGUUACCGAAAUUACCGUCCCGAGGCGACGGUGAAUCGGAGGGAUCGUGCGAGCGUCAUAAUUUACAUACAGGAUAUUCCAGUUAACGCGGCCUUCCCACGCGCUGGAGCAAUAAGCCAGUUACCUGAGCCAUAUCGCCAUUACAUAAAUUAUGAACCAAUUGCAUUGGAAUAUCAGGAUGGCGGUGUUACAACGAAUGUUUAUGGUAACAACGCAGCUCGGGAGCUGCUAGGUGAAUUUGACUCGGUUAUUGAAUUUGGGAAUAGCAGGUCGCAAUGGAUCCACGAUACACUUACAGAGGCUUUCGGUCAUGAUACCUUCCGUGGCUUGACCCUCCCGGAAAUGAUGUCUCUGGUUAUCGUGUGGUGUCGGGCAUGGUUUACAGCCCGGAAUCGAUUUUUGGAAUAUGCAAUGAAUCAUACCCCCAACAUUUGGGAACGUCGUGACGUAUAUAGAGCACAUGUGAGAAGAACAAAUGCCGCCAACUACAAUCUUCACACUGCAGAUAUAGAGAUGGACGCCGUGUGGGUGUGUGUCCCGCAUUUGUACACCGAGAACUCAACGGGCGUCGACACUAGGGGUCUGACAAACGCAUCUUUCCGAGCCCUAUACCGUUUGAAUAGGGUUGAGGCUAUUGCAAUUCUGCGAAUAGCAAAACAAAAACAACCCAGUGGCCAGAGAACCAGAUACGGUCGAAUUUUCAGGUGGAUCGUUUAUUUUAUCAAUCAAUACACGAGGUGGAAGGUCACGGUUUUCGAAGAAUACAGAAAGAUGCUCCCAGAUGAUCACGCUGAAAUGGACCAUCUUGCGAUAAAGACUGAACAAACCAAUCGGUGGGAAAAUGAUGGUGGUAGGCAGAUUGAAGGUACGUAUAAACGUGUUGGCUUCGAGUCCUUGAUGCACUGGGUUCUCGAAAUGGUUCGAUAUAUCCAAGCUGGCAUAGAUAUACCAGGGCCAGUGAUAGACGAAUUUCACCGCUGCAGAAAUUGGAUUUACAACACGAUACGCCAUGCGCACUUACCUCCAAAUGGAUUUACACCAACUCACGGGCCAGUUGGCAGGGUAGAAGAUAGGAACUUCGGGACCAACACUAUAAUGAAUUUGGACGCUGGCCACUUGAGAUACGAAGUCACCAUGACCUUACCGACCGUAAACCCUAUCGGUCGAAGGGGUCCUUUAGCAGCAGUCGAAACAUAUUGCCACGAGGUCAAGAGAAUUGACCCGUCUCCGAGGGUAUUAACGGUCCCGGCGGCUCCGACGACUCAUUUUAGCGAUGAUCCAGAUCCAUCGGAUACCCAACCUCCUGCACUGAUGGCACGAGUAGUCGCAGAGUCGGACGAGGAGAUAUCUUCUGAAGACUACGACGAAGAAGAGGAGCCCCCCUACACCAUCGAAGUCCAGGACGGAGUCGCGCGGAAGUGCAGCUUGACCGCGCCCAAGGGCCGGGCUGCACGCUUGACUACCUCCGCCCUGCUGCGAGACGCGCUCUGGAGCGCUGGAUCUCUAAAGCGCCCGGCCAGGACGCCGCUGCGCUCGGUGUUUUCUGGGCGCGUAACCAAGAGGCGAAAGACCGACGAGGCUACCGCGCCCGACGUCGAGGAAGAGGAAGAGGAAGAGGAAGAGGAAGAGGAAGAGGAAGAGGAAGAAUAG